AUGGUCGUGCCAUCAGUUGCGAUCGCAUCAAGCCGAACUGUACAAACUGCUCUCGAUCCAAUCAGAAAUGCCAGUGGCAUAAUCUCAAGCUAUCCUGGCCGGGUGCCAACGAUCGUCGGCGUGCUGUCGUCUCCAAGUCGCCUCCGUCGUCUCCCACGCAGGGCCGAAUCUCAGAUGCACGGCUCUGUCCCGGUACGAACCCUGUCUUUGCUAGGCGCAUCAACGUGCUGGAACCCUUCUGAGCUGGAGACACUUGAUUCAGAUCUGCUCGAAUACUUUUGCUGUGUAGCGUCCGCAUCCCUGGCUACCUUUGGACAAGAUACCACUAACCUCGGAAAAAUUCUGCUUCGAAUUAGCCUAGAAGGGAAGACGGCCUCGGCUGCGGCACUAUUCCAGGCGCUGAUAGCCUUUGCUUCGCUACAUCGCUACGGCUUACAAUCCCAAGCCGUCGAAGCAAAAAUAGCUGCUCUGGGAAACCUGGCGCAAGGAUCUUUCGAGCCGAGUUUUGGGGCGAUAGGGGCUAUUCAGCAUAUUAGCACGGGGAUGUUGCUUUGUUCGUUUGAGGUUCACCAGGCAUCCUGCACUUCAGGUCAAUGGACGCAAUACCUCGGCGGUGUCAAGACAGUCAUCAACGCGUCCUCUAUCAAAACACUACUUCAGUUCAGCUCUGAUGUGGUCGUCCUGCUGGACUGGCUGCACUACCACGAUGUUUCCGCUCGCUUUUCACUACUGCAUUGGAAAAGAGAAGGGGCCCCGGAGCUCCCAUUCACUCCGACAGAUCACUUGUGUCCGCAGAUUUCCAAUUUUCCGCCGCCCAUUCUCUCCAUGCUGAAUCUGCUGUCUCAGAUAUGUGAUACAGUAUCCAGCAGCGCAAUCUCGCCAGAAAUGAGCGACGAUGUGCAUGAUCAUAAGAGCUUCGUAGAAGUGUUGGAUUGGAGAAUCAGGAGCCUACCAAUACCAAAAGUCACAGAGGGUAGCGAUAAUGCGACGUUGGUGAUGAAGCUAUACCAGCUUGCUAUGCUCUGGUAUCUCAAUCGAAGUUCCGAAGGCCUAAUUGACCAACCCAUUAGGACGCAACAGCAAAUCGACCAAGCCUUCGCUAUCUUGCCCCGGCUGAGCUCCUGUAAACAGCAAUUUCCCAUUUACAUCAUUGGCUUUGUGGGCUGCGGUCUCAGUGGACUGGCUUCCGCACUGGCUCUUGCUCAGACUGGACACCGCGUAACAGUGUUCGAGCGUAGUUUGGAGCUACAAGAAAUCGGCGCUGGAAUACAGUUGUCACCCAAUGCUACGCGUAUGCUCCAACACUGGGGCGUUCUUGAGGAGGUCCUCAAGUACGCUGACCGGCCAGAGGCCGGGACGUUCCGCUCCUAUCGAGGAGACGUGCUCUCGCAGUCUCCGCCCGUGUCCGAUCCGAGGCUGGUCAACAAGGCCCCUUACAUCGUGAUUCAUCGUGCGGAUCUCUUAAGAGCCUUGUUGUCUGGAACGAGGAAGCAUAAGAUAGAAGUCAGACUUGGCAGCGACGUCAAAGAGAUCGAUUUCAGCAAGCCCUCCCUUCGUUUGUCCACCAACGAGGUUUAUGAAGCAGACGUGAUCCUGGGUGCUGACGGAGAGAGGUCCCGCUGUAGGGGUAUCCUGUUGGGUCAUGCGGACCCUCCUUACAGUCCUGGCGAUGUCGUCUACCGGAUCUCUGUUCCUAUAGCAGAUAUAACUGAAGACCAUCUAGCUUGGGACCUGAAAAAACGAUCUAGCGUCAACUUUUGGAUGGGAUCAGGCGGACACGUGGUCUCGUACCUCAUCCAGCACGAUAUGCUUAAUGUGGUCCUGGUAUAUGCCGAGGGUGGAAGUGGCAAGGUUAUGUACGGGCCGCAACGAGCAGACCUAGAAGAGUUCAGGAGCAAGAUCUCUGACUGGGACCCAGUACUUCAUGAGCUUAUCAAUGUGGAAGGGUCUGUUUGCACCAAGUGGACUUUGUUCCAGAUCCAUGAGCCGAGCCAAUGGCGCCAUGAGAGUGGACGCUUCGUACUGAUUGGCGACGCUGCUCACGCAAUACUGCCAUGCCUCGCACAGGGUGCCGCACAGGUCUUCGAGGAUGCAGGAGUCCUCGGAGGGAUAUUCAGCCUGUUGGUGGGACGUGACCAAAUUCCGGACGCCCUUAGGGUGUUCGAGGAGGUUCGCAAACCACGAGCUUCGGAUGUCAGACAUCGCACGUUAGACCAGAAGGCUAUGUUUGCUCUUGCCGAUGGCCCAGACCAGGAGAAACGCGAUGUAAGACUUCGUGCGGGUGCAGAUCAUGAGCUGUUCAAGUGGCUCUGGGAGUACGACGCUGCAGAAAGUGGACGAGAGGCGUGGAAAAACUUUACCAAGACCCAUGAAUAUGGAGUCAAACCCCACAAUGGUAUCGAAGGGAUAAGAGAGUCAUCCAUCCUGUAA